UUGGAGCGCAAGAUGUUGCCGGACCGACGCACACGGACUAACUGCUGUAUGUAAGUUUACAUUUUCCAAAAGAAUGACUACAGUGAAUUGUGAUUGUCUAGGGAGCUUGCGCACGACUACUGAAGAUAUGCUGGACGCCAACGUCUCCAAGAUUUUGCCCCAAAGCAAUGACACAAAGAAUUCCACUCGCGGAUAUGUAUCAGUUGGAUUUCCUAUAACUAUGAUGAUCACUGGCAUGGUGGGCAACUCGUUAGCUCUUAUCCUGGUGUAUAUCUCCUACAGAAAAAAGGAAAAUAAAAGGAAAAAGAAUUUCUUGCUUUGCAUUGGAUCUCUGGCGUUGACUGACCUGUUUGGACAGCUUUUGACAAGUCCAAUAGUGAUUUCGGUGUACCGAGCUGAUCUGAACUGGACUCGCAUCGACCCAUCUGAGAACUUAUGCGCCUUUUUUGGCGUGUGCAUGACAACUUUUGGUCUGUGCGCUCUCUUCAUGGCGAGUGCCAUGGCGAUCGAAAGGGCCAUGGCUGUAACUAAUCCCCACUGGUACUCUAAUCACAUGAAGACAAGUGUGACAAAGCAGACUUUGGCCGUUAUAUGGUGUCUUGUUUUACUAUUUGCUCUGCUGCCCAUCGCAGGGGUCGGGAAAUACACGCGCCAGUGGCCGGGCACUUGGUGCUUCAUCACCACGGUUGACACCGAAACCUCGGGCAAUGUAUUCUUCUCCACUACUUUUGCCAUACUUGGGAUCUCCGCUCUCCUUGUAACACUUUUCUGUAAUGUCAUGACGAUUCGGGGCGUAAUUAUCUGGUGUAAAACCAAAUCAGGAACCUCUCAGUCUUCAAAGCAGUGGGAACGACUCACCACGGAGACCGUCGUCCAGUUGUUAGGGAUCAUGUGCGUCCUGAUUAUAUGCUGGUCUCCUCUGCUGGUGCUGAUGCUGAGGAUGAUCUCCAGCCAGGUGUCGUACCAUGAAUGUAAUUCAUCUGUAACAUCCAACCACACCUCCAAUCGGGAUUUCCAUCUAGACUGUAAUUUCUUUCUGACUGCGAUACGCUUGGCCUCCCUCAACCAGAUCCUGGACCCGUGGGUCUAUCUGCUCCUCAGGGAGAUCCUCCUGCGCAAGUUCUGCAUCAUGGCUAACGCUGUCUCCAACUGCUCUGUAGAGGAUCAGAAAGAGACCCAGAGAGCACUGGAUUCUCUUAACAAACAGAACCAAGAAACAAAACCUUCAUAAAUCGUCCCCAAAAUUAAUUCAGCCUUUCGCAGUAAUUGCUACCUUGUGACUCUGAAGCCAGAAGAGUUUUCCAUCAGGAUGAUGAGAUGGGCAGGAUGAUGAGAUGGGCAAAAGAUGAAUGGAUUUCCCUCCACGCAGGGAUACUGUGCAAUGGGAAACACAGUGUAGCCUCUGUUGAAAUGAAGUCAAGUCAGUUCUGUGCUUCUGUUUUGCAUAUAACGCAUUCCAUUCAAAGUUACCUAACCAGCAUGUGGACGCAUGACCGUGUCAUCUCAUGCACCAGGCUGCCGCACAGUCGCCAGGAGCUCUGUCAUUGGCAGUUUUCAUUUUUAACAGCAAACUCAAUACUUCAGUAUCUGGGUGUUCAGACUGACUUGUGUGGAAGUGCUGCAUCUCAUGCUCACUGUAUUCCGUAACUUGAAGCCAUAAGCUAACUAAAAGUAAAAUGUUUUUUGUGAAUGUAAGUGAAGAAACUGUAAUUUGCUUAAAUUAAGUUGUACAUAUCUUUGCCAUAUCUUACAUGAAAUGUAAACACUUGUUUUAACACUGAAAGAACAACUAAAGGCAAAAACUUCCAAACUGGAGCCAAUUGUAAAUAACAUUAUUUAUUAGUGUCUAUGAUAUUUGUUGUUUCUGUGCCGAUUACUGAUAAUGCUACCUGCCUGGUACCUGUUGUAUAUUUUGUAAUAUACUGUACACGUUCCUGGGUGAGCAGCCAGGACUCUGAAAAUGUGACUUUUUAAAUAUUUUGCCAGUUUAUCUCCUGUAUAUGAAUGUAGAGAGAUUGGUGAUUAUCAUCAUCAAGGAUUGCUGGCAGAAAACUGGUAAAUGAAGAAGACUGAGUUCAAAAUGUUCAAAACACCACAAAACAUAAUAAUCUCGAUAAACUGUGUGUUUGAAGCUGCUCGUACAACAGGCUGGCAUCAAUCAUUAAUGAUGUAAGUCAGUAACAUUAAUACAGUACAUUGCUAGUACCUGAUUUUUCGCUGCAGGGACAUGAUUUUGACAUGUAUAAUUUAUGUGUUUCACUCAGUGGUGGUUUUCUUGGAUAGUUUGGACAGGCCAAUUUAUAUUCCACCAUUGUGGAAUACGUCUCAUUAUAGCCCCAAUACUCAAUAGGUAUUAAUUAUUCAUUCCCUUUAAUGUGUAUUAUGAAUUUUUUUUUUUUGAGGUCUCCCAUGAAAUCAGCAUCAUUUCUAAUGAGGUGGUUUGCUCCCAGUGCCACCAGAAUAAAUGUUGCUGUUAGAGUGCCAUAUUUACGUUAUUUCUUAUACUCUGUUGUCUCGUAUUUGUACAUACAGUAAAUGUUUGGCAGCCUCAAGGACUGGCACAUUUGCUCUCAUGGUAACCUUCAGGUUAUGGGCUAAAUUCAUGUCACAACUCUGCCUUCUCAGCACAUCAGCCAACAAGAUUAGGCUGAUGUAUGUGCGCUCUGCCGUGCCUGGUUUUGCCUUUUCCUUUCACCCUGUGAGAAUGCACACAGGCUCAGUGAUAAUGAUCCUUUCAGAAAUCAUCUGCAAAAAGCCACAUGAAAGAUGAGCUUUUUCUCUUUGCAUGUAUCUGUUCAUCUGAUACAGAGUUUAUCUUGAGUUGAUCGUGAAACCCGGGUGCCAUACUGGCUCACUCAAAGGUUUAACCUCAUGUGUUGUGUGAAAACAAAGGAAACAACAUUUUUCCAGGAGAGUGUUGCACAGAAAUCAGUUGGCCUUGUCCCUUAUUGCUGGCUGCGAGAAAUAAAUUUCACAUGCGACAUCUAAGUGUUAUUACACUGAAA